AGGUUGGUACAAAUGAUCAAAUUUACCGAUACGGUGUAACCGUUCUCGUCCAUUUUGAGUCUUGCUUUGCAACGGAAAGUCACCGGUAAAUAUCGGCGUGUGAAUUAAGAUAAAAAUUAACUAUUAUUUUUAUUAAUAAUUGUCUCAAUUAUUAAAUAAAUAGCUCCAAGCAUAUAUUUAGAAUAUUUUAGUAUUUUAUAUAAAAUAAAAUGACUAAAGUUAAAUCUAAUGGAAAAGGUGCAGAUCAAACUCUGAAUAAACCAUCUAAAGUUGUUAAGGAUAAUCCUAUUAAGAAAAAUAAAAAUAAGAAUAAUAAAUUUGCUAAAACAGUGGUUAGUAAAGUACACUUGAUGGAUGAUAAGAAAACACAAAGUAAUCAGAACAAUAUGAAUCAAUCUAAUAACAAACAGAAACAAAAAAAGAAUUCGGAAGUACCGGUUAAUAAUAACAAUGCUUCUCAACAAAAGAAUAAAAAGAAAUCCAACAAACAAUUUGUUAAAGACAACAAGAAUUUGGCAUCGAAGAAAACUAAAUCCGAUGAAUCUUUGGAUGAUACGAAUGAGGAUAUAACAGCGUGUGAUAGUAGUAGUAGUGUUUCAGCAAAUGAUAGUAAUAUUAAUAUACAAGAUAUUUUAGGAAAAAGUUUGGGGGACAAUACGGAUGAGGAUGAUACAGAUUUUGUUGAAGAUGAAGAACCCGAUGAAGACGAGUAUGAAUAUAAUAGUGAUGUAGACAAUUCUGCUUCGUUGAAUAAAGGAGUGAAAAUGUUUAAAGGAAUUAAAAAUACUGAUAAUGAUUCUACCGAUGAAAUUGAAGAUGAUUAUGAAAGCGAUGAAGACUUAGACGAUGAAUUAGAGGAAGAUGAUGAUGAUGAUGAUGAUGAUGAGGAUGAGGAUGAAAAUGAUGUUGCUGAUGAUGAUGAUGACGAUGAUGAUGAUGAUGAGGAUGAAAAUGAUGUUGCUGAUGAUGAUGAUGAUGAUGAUGAUGAAGAUGAUGAUGAAGAUGAUGAGGAGGAUGAGGAAGAUGAGGAGGAGGAAGAGACUGGUCCUGGUUUGAAAGAUCUUUUAGCAAGCAGUAUUGCUACCGACGAUGAUGAUGAUGAAGAUUUCAAAGAUGAUGGUCAAGAUGAUGAAGAUAUUGAUAUAAGCGAUGAGUCGGAUUCUGAAGUAGUUAAAAAAAAGGUUUCUUCUGAAUCCAAAAAUGAUUCGAGAACAAUUUUUAUCAGCAAUAUUCCGAAACAAGUAACGAAGGAAGAAAUUAGGAAAUUAUUUAAGAAAUUCGGUGAAAUCGAAAGUAUUAGAGUAAGAUCGGUAAUACCUAUUGAUUUGAAAAUGUCUAAAAAAGUAGCUGCUAUAAAAAAAAAGAUUCAUCCAAAAGUUGAGACUAUCAUUAUGUUUAUUAUAUAUAAAUUAGAGGAAGGUGCUAAGAAAGCAACAAGUAUGAAUGGAAAACAAUUGAAAGGGAAUUAUUUGAAAGUAGACAUUGUUGAUAAGAAUUCAAGAAUUAAACCAGACGAAAAGAAAGCUGUCUUUUUAGGAAAUUUACCUUUCACAAUCCAAGAUAAUGAUCUUUGGGAACAUUUCAAACCGUGCGGAGAAAUUCAUUCAGUACGAUUAAUCAAAAAUAAAAAAUUGGGUAUAGGAAAAGGAAUAGGAUAUGUUAAUUUCAAAAAUGAAGAUUCUGUAUCUUUAGCAUUGGAAUUAAAUGGAUCAACUCUUCUAAAUCGAGAGAUACGAGUACAACGGUGUUCUGUAAAUGACCAAAAAGAAAAGAAAUUAAUCAACAAGAAAAAACGAUCAUUCCCAGUUGUAAAGAAAGUUAAAUCUAAUAAAAAGUUCAAAUCUAGCGAUAGCGAUGGAACUACUCCAACAGAAAAUGAUAAAAAGAAAUUGAAAACUAAGAACGAAUCGCAAAAAAAUAACAGCCCAAAUGCAUCAAAAAAGGUAGCUACUUCUUUUCAAGGACAGAAAGCCAAAGUAGAAAAGAAAAAGAAGAUGACGUCUAAGCUAAUGAAAAAUUAUUUGAAAACAUAUAAAAACUAAUUAAGUUUUUACGUUUUUCUUCAUCCAUGUACAGAAUAUAUUUAAGUGCACAGAAUCUUCUGCCAUAGAUAUUGUAUCGUAUUUUUUUGUUCACUUUUAAGUUCUUUUAUAUUUAGUUAAACAUGAUAUGAAGUCACAUUUUACCGUUAUUAUCAUAAUCGUUGAAUAACGAAGUUUAUAACAUUAUUUUAAAAAAAAAUGACUCUUUUUUUAAAACUUGUAAACAAUAAGAAAAUAAUUGAUUUU